GAACGCGUGCGCGUUGCUGGUCCAGAGCAAGGAUAGUGGGGUAAAGGGGGGUAGCGCUUGUUGAAUCUUCGGCGGGCCAAAAGCGAGACCCUACAGCUAGUUCUCAUCUUCCCAUGGCACCGGUCACUAGAAUUACUCGACUUUUUGUCGUCAUAUUCGUCUUCGCUUAUGGAAGCUGCGACGAACACGAAUACAGACUUACGAAAUAUCUUCUCGAGGGUUACGACGCCGCUGUGAGGCCGGCAGAAAAUUCGUCUGAACCUUUGGCCGUCAUCUUUGGCUUAUCUCUUCACCACAUUAUUGAUGUGGAUGAGAAGAAUCAAAUAUUAACUACCAACUGCUGGGUUACUCAGGCAUGGACGGAUCAUCAUUUGAAAUGGAACGCCUCAGAAUUUGCUGGAAUUAGGGUAAUCCGAGUUCCUUACAACCGGGUCUGGAGACCGGACACAAUUUUGUACAAUAAUGCCGAUCCUCAGUACAGUUCGGCGGUGAUAAAUACGAAUGUGAUCGUAAGUCAUACCGGUGAAGUGGUUUGGCUGAGUCACGGAAUAUUUCGAAGCAGUUGCGACAUUGAUGUUGAAUUCUUUCCAUUCGACGAACAGCGUUGCGCCCUUAAAUGGGCCUCGUGGACGUACGACGGAUAUCAGCUGGAAUUGGAAAAGCAGAGCGAACAAGGGGACGUGAGUAAUUACCAAGCAAACGGGGAAUUCGAUCUGGUGGAUUUCUCAGCUAGAAAACACGUACAGUUUUACUCAUGCUGCCCAGAACCUUAUCCAGACAUUACCUACGAAAUUCGACUAAGAAGAAGACCCAUGUUCUACGUAUUCAACCUCAUCUUACCAUGCAUACUCAUCAACGGUAUCGCUCUUCUUGUUUUCUACGUUCCAUCGGAGUCUGGGGAAAAAGUUACCCUCGGAAUAUCUGCACUUUUGUCGAUGACCGUGUUCCUCAUGACAAUUCGCGAGACGUUACCACCGACGGAAAAAACACCGUUAAUUAGUCUAUAUUACGGCGUGAGUAUUUGCCUGGUUUCAUUUGCGUCUGGUCUUGCGGUCGUGACUCUGAAUUUGCAUCACCGAGGUGUUAGGGGUACGAGGGUGCCAGCGGUAGUGAGGUCUUUGGUCUUGGAAAAACUGGCACGUGUCGUAUUUCUCAAUUUUCAGGAGGACUUGCCUUCCGCGGAACCCUCUCGGAAAAAGAAAUGUCCUCUCCAUUGUAAAUCCGAUAUCAGCCCUCCGGCACCACCUCAGGUUCAAAUGUCUCCAAAAUAUCUUCCAAGGCGAAAUGACAGCGCGAAUAGCAGCCCAGAUGUUGGAAUUGAGGCCCAAUGGUCCCGAGUCUUGGGUCGUGUUCACUCAACAAUAGAUCGCAAUGAAAGACGCCUCACGGAACAAGAACGUCGAGAAAGAACAGAGUUGGAGUGGAAGCAAGUUGCUCUCGUGAGCGAUCGAGCACUCCUUUGCGUAUUCUUUCUGACGACGAUAAUCAGUACCACGGUUAUCCUUUGCGGAUCACCCCCAGCAGAACCGAUCAAAUGAAACGCAACUUGCCAAUUUUAAUCGUCUGAAUCCUUAGUCCAGAGACAAGAAAAUGUACGGAAAUUGAAUAAUGUGAUUCACUUAUGCAUCCGACGCCGCAUUGGUCGAUGAAUAUCAUCGUACGUUUCAGAUUUAAUACGUAAAUUUAUUUGCAACGAAGUAAGUUUUAAUUGUCUGAUAAUUUUUUUUUGUCCGUAAGUAAUUGUAUGAUGUUAGAAUAUCUAUGCGUUGACUGCAGAGUAGUAAUCUUCGGUUAACGAUCUAUGUUUGUAUAUCGAUGUCCGAAUUUAUGAUAUGGAUGUAAAAUGUAAACGUGUGAUACUAUUAGUGAUGUGUUGUUGUAAAAAGCCAUCCACACAGGUAUGACGAUAAAAACUACCUAGCAAUAAUUAGCGGU